AUGGAUAUGGGAAAAAUAGAUGAGCAAAUCAAAGUUCGCGAACUACAAGAAGCGAUAAACAUUUCGACGACCGCAGUCGAAAAAGCGCUAAGAAAUCUAGGAAAUGAAACGGAACAACCGACAAACAUCGAACACGUCAACGAAGAGAGGGAAGGGACAGCCAAAAAUGGAGAAAUUAUGAAAGAACCGGCCAGAGAGGAACCUGAGAGGGAUGAGCUAUUGGUAACAGAAGAAGCUCGCCUGCACAAAAAAGAGCUCCUGGUUCCUGUUGUUUUAGAACUGGAGCUGGAUAAAAAUCAGCAGGCUGCAGCGGAUUUGAAUCUGGUGAUCGAAGAACUGGAAAACCAAAAAUCUUGCUGA